AUGGCGCCCGGUGCAGCGCUGGCCUCUCCGGGCAUCACCUGGCUGCAUUUUCCCAUCGGCUGCCUGUCCACGAGUCCCAGCAAACGAAGGCUACUCUCCCCCACCAACCUUGGCGAUUGCACCUUCCAGCAGAUCGUCAAAGCGGUGCAGAAUCACUUCGCACCCAAACCCACCGAGCUGACUUGCCGGGUAACCUUCUACACCCGCAAUCAGCUGGCCGGAGAGACCGCUGCGGAGUUCCUCGCAGAGCUGCGCCAGCUUGCUGCCGACUGCAAUUUCGGAGCACACCUGGAGGAUGCCCUCCGUGACCACUUCGUCGUGGAUAAUAUUUGCUAUGACCUGUGCCAGAAGAUGGACAGAGGGAAUGCAACUCUGUUGAUUCUCCUGGACUUCUCAGUAGAUUUCAGUACCAUCAAUCAUGAGUUCGAUGACCUCCCACGUACUGUUGAGGUGGAUGAAAAUAUGACUGCAGGAGUUGUGGCCAGCUUCACUGUCAAUUGCACUACACCCUCAAGCAAUGGACUCACCGUAACUUUGGAGACCAUUAGUCCCACAACCACUUUUUUCAACUCACCAAAUGCCUUAGGCAAUGGCACCUUCCAGGUAACCCUUCGCCCAGGCACUGACCUGAAUGCCAGGGAGGUGAAUCAGUAUACCUUGACAUUCAAAGCAGCAUGCCCAGGAGAAGACUCCGUUACUAGUCAGCUUUACAUUCAAGUAAAAGAAGUAGACAGAUUAGAAUGUGACAACACAUUUAUUAACACAGCUGCAAGACCAUUACUAGUUCCUGAGAAUGUUGCUCCUGAAACUGUCAUCUACACAGUCACACUGAAGAGGCGAGGCAGAGGCAGUUUGACAUUUGCCUUUGAAAAUGGUUCUGUGCCUUUCACCUUAAAUGCAAUAGGAGAAGUGCUUGCACCUGCCACAGGUUUGACUCGCACACAAGCUGGUAAGCUAUUCCAAAUGAAUAUUGUGGUCAGUGAUGGCGAUGGCAGAAGCUGCCGCAGUCUUCUGAUGGUCCAAGUGCAGCCUGUUUACCACAACACAGUCAAUUUCACGGAGUCAUCGAAAGCAGUCUCUGUGUUUGAAAACACAGGUCCCCUCCAGACUAUCACACAGGUCCAUGCCCAUGGAGAAGGGCAUGUGCUCUAUGAGAUCAUAUUUCCGAGCACAGUCUAUUUCACCAUUGGCUCGGAGACGGGUGAGAUUAAGAAUACAUACAACAUAGAUUUGGACCGCAAUCCAGAGCUGGCCCAGACCUUGCUGGUGGUGAGAGCCUAUGAUAUGCUCCAUCCCUCCGAUAGUGCCACCAUCACCGUCAACAUCACUGUUCAACCCCGGAACCUGCAGGGACCCGUGUGCCAACCUGCCAUUUAUGUGGCUGAGAUUCCAGAGGAUUCUCCCACUGGGAUGAGCCUGACAGCUCUGUCUUGUGUUGAUAAAGAGAGAAACAGAACCCUUCAGUACCAAAUGGAGACCAGCCAGAUCCCUCCUGGUAGUUUUCGUAUGGAACGUAAUGUGCUGCAGGUGAACACCACUUUGGAUUGUGACUCUGUAGCCAUGGCCAGUCUUGGAUUCCAGUACCGGGCCACCAUUCUGGUGACAGACAGUGGAAGCCCCCAACAAACCACCAGAAUACCAGUGCUAGUGACAGUAAGCAGGGUGAAUGAAUACCAGCCUGAGUGCCCACAACGGUUCUCCUUCAGUAUACCAGAGGAUGCUGCCUUUGGAGACUUUGUUGCCAAUGUCAAUGGCACUGACCGAGACUAUCCCUUCAACAAUAUUGAAUACAGCAUCCUUGGAGCACAAAAUGUUUUCUACAUUGGUCGUCGCUCAGGAAAUCUGUAUGUAUUGGGUCCACUGGACUAUGAAGAGCAGAAAUCAUAUCCACUGACCAUCAACCUGAAGGAUCUGGACAAUGAUGUAAAUCCACAAGCACAGCACAUAAAACAGUGUAACAUUACUAUUAAUGUACAGAAUGUGAAUGACCAGGCUCCUGUGUGUACCCCAGAAAUUGAGACGCGUACCAUAUAUUCCACAUUGGCCAGCACAACAAACAUCAUGACUCUGCAGUGCCACGAUGAUGAAGAAGGAAGUCAGCUGAGCUACGCCAUUGUUGGCGGCAACAUAAAUGGGCGAUUUUACAUGAACGACAAUAGACUGUUCCAUAAUACAUUCUCCUACAACCGUGAUGGCAUUUUUGACCCGCUCAAUUUUGAGCUUCUGGUGGAAGUGACGGAUAGCCGUAGCACACCUCGCCUUAGCACUACAGCAACCAUUAUUGUUCAUGUGAUCCCUUGGACAACUACAGUGCCUACUACUGCUGCCGUUACCACCAUGCAGCACCACUUUGAUGGCUCUGCUCAGGACCCUGUCACAGGCCAAUAUUACCUGUACGACAGCAGCAGUGGAGCACGGCGCUGGAUGUAA